AGGCAGAUGAGGCUGCUAAAGGUCGAUUCGCUCCAAGAGACCUGCACUCGUACGAAUAAUCAGCGGCCUUCUGUCUCAAAGUCGUACAGCUUUGGUGGCUACACCGGCCGAGGAGGAUUGUCCCGAGGUGACAGCGUCAUGUCCACUCACAGUGCCGGUGCUCGCCUGAUGAAGCAAGCGGCUUCCGUCGAAGACUCGGGGGCCAGCAUGUGUUCACGAUUAAGUCCGUCGAGCAGCGGAUACAAGUCACAGAGCCAAAGAAGCGACGCGACGAUCUCACCGUCGCCCUCGCCGUCGCCGAUUCCCGCGUUGACGUGCCACCACUCCCAAUCAGUUUCUAGUCAGGAUGCUCCGUCGCCCGAGCCAAACGUCCAAAAGGUCAUAUGGGCGGUUACCAAUCUCUCGAGCGUACCACGUGGUAGUAUUAUUAUAAACCCUCAGACGAGCCAGCCGCUCACCAAUCCCGACGGAUCGACGUAUUACUUCGACCCCGACAACCUGCCGAAUCUGUUCAACGAAGAUUUGGAGGGGCAUGAAAGCUCAAAACAGACGGAACAGUCGGAGCCUCAUCGAACGACUGGCAAGCACGAAGGCAGCAGAAAGCUGCGGCGGUCUCAGACGACAACGAAUAAGCACAACAGCCCGAACAGCAACAACAUUCAUUGUUCGAGUCCGAUAGCGACGACGGUUACGCCGGGUUCGACGAUGGUAUCGCCACACCGACAACAGCAUCAGCAUCAGCAGCAGCAGCAGCAGCAGCAGCAGCAGCAACAGCAGCAGCAACCAGCCCCGGUUUCACCACAGCCGGCGAGCACGAUGCACGUGACGAAUUCGGCCACGUCACCGAGCCUGCCGUACACUCCACCGCCCGCACCGCCCGUACCGCCACCAUUGCCGCCGCCACUGCCUCCCGCUGUAGUUCAGCCGCAGCAGCAACAUAACGCGGUUCAGCAGCCGCAGCAACCUCUAGUCAGGACGAUGCCGAUGCAGCCCUACGCGGCUUACAUACCCACCUCGGAACCUUACCCCCAGGGUGUCUUCCCACCCGGCGUCGCGCAACAGACUGUGAUGAUGGCUUCGCACCCUGCACCAGGGCAGCCGGCUGCCCCGAACGGCGUACAGGAGGAAGCCUUCAACCAGAACUCCGUCUACACGAAUUACACGCUCCCGGUACAGCAACAACCUCCACUGACGCAAACUGGAGAUAUACUUGCUGGGGUACAAAUGCAAGUAGUAAGAUAG